AUGUCGGAAAAUCCAUAUUCAAGUACCGUUGAGAUGAACUCGGUUGAUACCGAGGAGACAGACCGACUAGCUCCAUCUAUUCCUAUGAAUCACACCGAAUCAAGCAGCUCAAGGUCUAGUAAUAGUGCCUCAGCCAAGUACUGCCAAAAGACUAUUGAGGAGACUGCGCGGGACUUUGGUACAGAUAUCACAGCUGGACUCUCUUCCUCCCAGAUACCGUAUAGGAGAAGCGUUUAUGGAAUGAACGAGCUUGCUAAAGAGGAGAAAGAGUGGCUACUGCUUAAAUUUCUUUCAUCCUUCUACACUGAUCCAUUGAUUAUGCUUUUGAUUGGCUCGGCAUUGAUUAGUUUCUACAUGGGGAACAUUGAUGACGGUGUCUCGAUUGCCUCGGCUGUUGCAAUUGUGGUUACUGUUGGAUUUAUCCAGGAAUACAGAUCUGAAAAGUCGCUCGAGGCUCUUAACCAGCUUGUUCCGGAAAUGGCACAUUUAACCAGAGAUGGUAACACUGAGACUGUUCUAGCUACACUUCUUGUCCCGGGAGACCUUAUACACUUUGCUGUUGGUGACAGGAUUCCGGCAGAUAUUCGUCUGACGGAAGCUGUUCAACUUACUGUUGACGAAAGCAGUCUUACAGGAGAGACUAGCCCGGUUUCGAAGAUAUCCGAGGCUAUAAUUCCGGCUGUUGGUGAUGCAAACACUGGAAUCUCGACUCCAGGUAGCAUUCCAGUCAAUGCUAGAAGCAAUAUAGCAUUCAUGGGCACCUUGGUUAGAGAUGGACAUGGAUCCGGAAUAGUCGUUGGAACGUCCAAGCAGACAGCCUUUGGUAGUGUGUUUGAUAUGAUGUCCACCAUAGAGAAACCAAAAACACCCCUUCAGCAGUCUAUGGAUAAGCUUGGAAAGGAGCUUUCUGCCUUUAGUUUUGCCGUGAUCGGUGUGAUCGGUGUGAUCGGUAUAUUCCAGGGUCGUUCAUGGCUUGAUGUGUUUCAAGUUUCUGUUUCUCUUGCUGUUGCUGCCAUCCCUGAAGGUCUUCCAAUCAUUGUGGCCGUCACUUUAGCUUUAGGUGUUCUUCGAAUGGCUCGCCAAAAGGCAAUUGUUAAACAGCUUCCUAGUGUUGAAACCUUAGGAUCGGUCAAUGUCAUUUGCUCGGACAAAACAGGUACCUUAACACAAAAUCACAUGACAGUUGUCAAGGUCUGGACUCCAGAUAUGGAAUCCAGUUCAUUGGAGGUGGAUCACGAAAGCAAUUAUUCAUCAAGUAUGACAAAAUCUCUUGAAGCCCUUUUGGUGACGGGACUAUUUUGUAACAAUGCCAAAUACUCGGUUGAAAAGCAGUGCUUCCAAGGAAAUCCAACCGAUAUUGCCCUACUUGAGAUUCUCGAGAAGUUUGGAUUGUCAGACUAUAGGAAUAGCAGGGAGAGAUCUAACGAGCUCCCAUUUAACUCCUCAAGAAAGUAUAUGGCUGUGUCAAUUGAAAAUAGUGACAAAGGAGAUAGCACGACGUUUGUCAAAGGAGCAAUUGAGAAAAUUCUUGCCAUGUCAAAGACGUACAUAGCUAAGGAUGGAGAAGCUAGGCUUCUUACCGAGAAGACAAAGAAUUCGAUCAACAUGAUGGCUGAUAAGCUUGCCGAAGGCGGUCUCAGAGUUUUGGCUAUGGCUAAGUCAUCUAGUAAAUUUGCAAAGAUUCCAUCCAAGCUUUGCUUCUGCGGUAUGGUGGCAAUGAACGAUCCUCCAAGGCCUUGUGUCCGUGAAUCAAUUGCCUCUUUGAUGCAAGGAGGUGUGCAUGUGAUCAUGAUUACCGGUGAUUCUGAAACCACUGCUUUGAACAUUGCAAGGAAAGUUGGCAUGCCUGUUACAGAUCCGCAGAGAUGCGUUCUGUCUGGAGAAAAAAUCGACUCAAUGACUGAUCAAGCACUUUCGGAGGCUAUUCAGUACGUUUCUGUGUUUGCAAGAACUACUCCUGAGCAUAAGCUUUCUAUUGUGAGGGCUCUUCAGAUGCGUGGAGAUAUUGUUGCUAUGACAGGUGAUGGUGUUAAUGAUGCACCAGCAUUGAAAUUGGCUGAUAUUGGUAUUGCAAUGGGCCAGAAUGGUACAGAUGUGGCUAAAGAGGCUGCUGAUAUGAUUCUUACUGACGAUGACUUCAGCACUAUUUUAAAUGCUAUUAAGGAGGGUAAGGGAAUCUUCUAUAAUAUACAGAGUUUCCUUACAUUCCAGCUUUCUACGUCUGUUGCUGCUCUUACGAUUGUUGCAUUAUCAACAAUGCUAGAUCUUCCUAAUCCUUUGAAUGCAAUGCAAAUCCUUUGGAUUAACAUUAUCAUGGAUGGACCUCCAGCACAAUCAUUGGGUGUUGAACCAGUUGAUCCCGAGGUUAUGCAGAAACCGCCAAGGACUAGAAAUGACAGAAUUUUGACUAUGAGUGUCAUUAAACGUGUGCUUUUUUCGGCAUCCUUUAUCAUUAUCGGCACUUGUUUAGUUUAUUUCAGGGAAAUGUCGGAUUCAAUUACACGCAGAGAUACUACAAUGACAUUUACAUGCUUUGUUUUCUUUGAUAUGUUCAACGCAUUGGCAUGCAGAUCAAAGACGAGAUCAGCUUUUGAAUUGGGACUUUCGAACAAGAUGUUCAACUUUGCAGUUGGCGGCUCAAUUAUUGGACAGUUGUGUGCAAUCUACGUUCCAUACUUACAAUCCACAUUCCAGACGGAGGCUCUCUCGUUUAAAGAUAUCUUGUGCUUACUUGUCCUAUCCAGUACUGUGUGGAUUGCAGAUGAAAUCGUUAAGCACUACAGGAAGACUAGAAAUGUAUUUCCUAAUAACGCUCGCUGGGUUUAA